AGAGAGAUACAGUUGGUUGAGGUGGUCCAGGCAGUGUGAACCUAACCAACUAGUGACUAUUGAAGCCAAAGGGACAAAUACGGACCACAUUCAGUGACUGACAGUGCCACUGCUGCGCUCCAUGGAUACCGGGUGUUUUUCGGCAGCGCAGCGUAUUUCUUGCCACAACAUGAAUGCGGAUUUAUUGAAGCCUGUUCCGGAGCGCGGACCCACACAGUCCUCUGCCCCGACGAAAACGAGCAGAAAUAAAGGCGAACAGAACAAACCUGAGGUCGCUCAAGUGAUCACGGACCCUAAAUCUGGAAGAUGCUACAGCAAAGGCAAGCUCCUGGGAAAGGGCGGCUUUGCAAGAUGCUACGAAAUGACAGACCUCUCCAACAACAAAAUGUACGCAGUUAAGGUGAUUCCACAGAGCAGGGUGUCCAAGCCACAUCAGAGGGACAAGAUCACAAAUGAAAUCGACUUGCACAGAUCCCUCUCACACAAGCAUAUAGUUAAAUUCUCCCAUUAUUUUGAAGAUCAAGACAAUAUUUACAUCUUUCUGGAACUAUGCAGCCGAAAGUCACUGGCUCACAUCUGGAAGGCGAGACACACACUAACCGAACCCGAAGUGCGGUAUUACCUCAAACAAAUCAUAUCUGGCCUCAAAUACCUCCACAGCAGAGGAAUUCUGCAUAGAGAUCUGAAACUAGGCAACUUCUUUGUUAACGAGAACAUGGAGCUGCGAUUAGGCGACUUUGGACUCGCAGCAAAACUAGAAACUGUGGAGCAGCGAAAAAAAACAAUCUGUGGUACUCCUAAUUAUUUGGCCCCGGAGGUUCUCAACAGACAGGGACACGGCACAGAGUCUGAUGUCUGGUCACUUGGGUGUGUCAUGUAUACUCUCAUGUGUGGUAACCCUCCAUUUGAGACGCUUGAUCUAAAGGAAACCUACAAAUGCAUUAAAGAAGUGCGCUAUAAUCUCCCCUCCACGCUGUCCCCCUCUGCUCAGAAGCUCAUCUCUAGCAUCCUACAGAAGAAUCCUAGUGACAGACUUACCCUUGAUCAAAUCCUCAACCAUGAAUUCUUCACCAAAGGCUACACUCCUGAUAAACUCCCUCCCAGCAGCUGUGUGAUGGUGCCAGAGCUCCACCCGCCAAGUCCUGCCAAGAAAUUCCUUACAAAAAUGGCCAAGAGUCUCUUUGGCAAGAAGAAGGCAAAAGUGGAAAAGAUGCCGUGUGAAGACAAAGAUGACAAGGACAUUUCAAAGCUGGUGUCUGGCAUUGUUAAAUGUUCCAUCAAUCGGCAGAUCAGCUACAAAACAGUGGGACCAAAUGAGGUUCCCUCCCCCGCUGGUCAGCUGGUCAGCUCAGUGCCUCUGGAGCAAACCCCUGCUGAGGAAGAAUCCAGGAAGUCCAUCUCCCGCUCCUUUAAAGGCACCAUGGCCAGCAGCUCUGAACCAUGUGAGGAUGUGCUGAGUCCCGCAGCUGUUGCUGAAGCGGCUAUGAAAGUUCUGAACAGCUGCUUGGCAAACAUGCCAGCAGCUACCAGAAACCCACUCUGCCUGUCCAGGCCACAGUCCUUUUUGUGGGUGACCAAAUGGGUUGACUACUCUAACAAAUAUGGCUUUGGGUAUCAACUGUCCAACCAAAACAUCGGUGUGCUGUUCAAUGAAGGAACACACCUCAGCCUCUGUGAGCAACGCAAGACGGUGCAUUACUGCUUGACCAACAACAAACACUUUACCUUUGCUGCAAACUCCUUACCAGAGCAGCUCCGCAGCCAGAAGCAAAUUGUAGAACUUAUGGCCAACUACAUGGAGCAGAACCUCAUGGAGGGUGGUGAUCUACACUGUGAGGAACAUGUCUCUGGUCCACCUCCACUACUGCUCCAGUGGGUCAAGACUGACCAUGCACUUGUGAUGCUCUUCAACAAUGGCACUCUACAGGUAAACUUCUACACAGACCACACCAAAAUAAUCCUGUGCAAGUCGUCGGAUGACUCGUACCUGCUUACCUACAUCAGUCGGGAGCGGGUGUCAUACACGUACCGUUUGAGUAUGCUGAGUGAGCUGGGCUGCUCCUCAGAGCUCCGGCACAGACUGAGGUAUGUGGUGCAGCUGCUGCAGCAUCACAUGGAUGCCUGAGGCCGUCCUCUGUUCUGAGGUGUCCCUCAAGGACAGGACUUUGUACUCGGGCAGUCGGACAGUGAGCAAUAUCUUCACCUGGACUGAUGCUUAGGCAGCUCAUUAUUGCAUUGACAUGUGAAGGGUCAAAACACACUGCAGACCUCACUUUGGGGAUGUUUCCUGAGAGGGUUGUGCCUGGCCAGCUUUUGCCUCUGGUCUUGAUGCCUGAACUGGCCUAAAAUGGAUCCCUCACUGACGGAUGUCUGAUCAACUUCUCUCACUCCAUACCACUGGCUUCUUGGAUGGAUGCAUCAAAAGCAACCAACCAGUCAUGUAGCUCCCAGCCUUUCCCAAUACCUUUAAGCAUGGUUUUCCUAAGGCAUCAAACACUAAGACUCUCCCAUCGCUUGCAUCAGAUGUGGGAUAUCCUUCAGCAGGACAGCCUUUCCCCACAAUGAUAAAAUUCCAGCGUGGAUCUGGAAGAGUUGUCUUAGCGAGCAGAUGCUUUGGAAAAGGGCUGUGGUGUGAGAGAAGAGGCCCUCCUACCCUCAGAUGGAAACAAGCCUGUUGGACUUUUGAUGCACACAUUCUCGUUAUUUAUUUUAAAAGCCAACCAUUGACUCACACUACAAUCUCUCACAUGCACCAUAGCAUUCCUAGCCUUUAGUAAUAAACGUCUUACUCGGCGCCAUCACUUUUUUUAAUCGAGGAAUAGCUGGUAGUCAAAAUAAUAGUUUCACAAAAGCGGUACACAGCAAAUGGGCAAAAAUGGGAUCAACACAAUUUUGCACUCUUUACGUUUUUCAUCCAGACGGAAAGCCAUUUUUACUACCACUCAUUUGAAUAAUUUUAGCCCGAUAAGCAUCUUAAGUUUUAAAAGCUUCAGUUUUAAACUCACAGUGCGUUCCAAAUGUGUGUGUGUGUGCCACGUGUGCUCUUGGUCGGGAAUGACAGAGGAGGGAGGGGGUGAGAUAUAAAGUGCCUUUCGGAGGGAUGUCUGUAUAGUGCAAUAACAACUAUCUGUGAAUGUCAAGCUGGAUACAAGUGACAAAGUGGAUGGGAUUUACAAGCAGGGCCCACUUCUUGUACUGUAAAGAAGUUCUCCCCAUAGCACUACACUCAUACCCGGUAUAAGCUUUUUAGAUCGACUGGUAUCCUAAAUGUAUAUCCCAGUAAUGUCUCUAUAUCAGAAAAAAGAGAACCUUGUACUCCGUUGUACUGUACUGUAAUCCUAAUCGGUUUACAUUGCUUUUCUUGACCCAGAGUUGUAUCCUAAAAACUGUGACCUGGAAUGCAAAGUAUUACGUACAAGUAUUGUGUUUUUUCAAAAAGCCAUCUGCCAAUAUCAGAAGAGUCUUUAUUUUUGGCACAUUUUGUCGUGUUAUUUAUUUUUUAUUUAUACAUGUUUUUUAUUUAUUGUGCAAAUGUUUAAAGCGGUCUUGACACAAAGAAAUGUUCAAUUCCGAUCACCUUUUGUAUGUAAUGUAUUCGGGGAAGAUGGGAUUAAAUAAACGUUUAUUGAAAGCCAAAGAGAA